CCGUCAACAAUUAUAUUAUUAUAUCCUGUCCGCAGUUCCUAUACAUUUUUUCUUCGAGCGAGCCCAAGGCCAGGUUGGCGCCUUCCUCCUGAGCUUGGUCUUGUGUUAUCAGUCUCAAAAGUCUAUCCGAAAUUUUAAUACGGAAGUGCUGGUGCAUGUCUAGUGCAGACACUUUUUGAAGAGCCGAUCGAGAAAAACCUCUUCGUUUAAUGUCACGGGUGCGGGAAGACGAAGUUUUGACUAUUCGCAGCAAAGGUUCAGCGGAAGCCUGAAAAAAUUAAUUACAUAUUUUUUUUCUCCUUUUUUUUGGGGUGCGAGGACAGCCGGGAAGAUAUUUUCCAGCAAAAUGUUUGCGAUAUCAACUUUGGUCCUCCUACUAUGUGGGUACGCUACUGAGGGUUACAAGAUCUUGAUUUUUUUCCCAACGCCAUCCUUCAGUCAUCAGCAACCAGCUAUGGUCCUCACCGAGGCGCUUAUAAAAAGAGGUCACGACCUUUUCGUUGUCAGUCCGAAUGUAGUUCCGGGACUGGAGAAUAAUUACACCUUUGUGAAUCUCUCUGACUCAUACUGGUUGCUGCAACGAGAGGAGGGAAAGAAUGAGGGAGGUAUAAAUUUGCAGAAACAAUGGGACAAGUGGGAAUUUUGGAAGGAAGCGCAGUCGUUUGCCUACAUCCCAGUGCAUCAAUUCAAGAUGAAAGAAUUUCUGGACUUUCAAAGGCGAGUCAAAGAUGAAAACAUCAAAUUCGACGUCAUCAUAACUGAAGCGUUCUUUAUGCCAUUCACAUGUGCCAUGUCCAGAUAUCUGAAUGGCGAAAGCGGGAAACCAAUCAUUACGAUGUCAACAUUAUCUAUAGAUUAUCUCAACGAGAAUUUCCUCGGGAGUAAGGUCCACCUUUCGUACGUUCCGUCGAUUAUGGAUCCCUAUACAGACCGCAUGACACUCUGGCAGAAAAUUGAUAACUGGUACUCAAUCUAUGUUAUGCUUUCAACGUUCAAAACAAAUGCAGAACAGAGGGCUCGUGAAUUUUUCUCUGAGAACUAUGGUCCUGCGGCUACAGCUUUGAUAGAUGGUUGUUGGAGCAAUGCAAGUUUAGCCAUGCUUUCAACCAACAUGCUGUACUUUUACCCUCGACAGCUGGCACCCAACGUCAUCGAGUUGGGCCCUAUGCACAUCCGCAACCCCGAGAAAUUACCCCAGAAUUUGCAAGAAUGGCUAGACGGAGCAGCAGACGGGGUAAUAUACUUUAGUCUCGGGAGCAACAUGAAGAGUAAAUCCUUACCCCUGGACGUACGAUCAAACCUCCUUCGAGUUUUUAAAGAUCUACCCUCUGGUUACAGAGUGUUAUGGAAAUGGGAGUUGGACGGAAAGAUUCCUGGACAGUCGGACAAUAUACUCGCUCAGAAGUGGCUUCCACAACAAAGUGUUUUAGCGCACCCGAAAGUGAAGGUUUUCGUGACGCAAGGCGGACUGCAAAGUUUUCAGGAGGCUGUUCACUACGGUGUGCCCUCUGUGGGGGUACCCUACUUCGCCGACCAAGAAUCGAUCGUAGCGAAAAUGGUUGAUGCAGGGAUCGGGGCAAGGCUCCGACCACAGGAGCUGGGCUCCUACGAAAAGGUGAAAAGCGUCUUCGAGGAAGUUCUUUUCACGAAAAGUUAUGCAGCGAACAUGGCGCGUCACUCGUUGAUCUCGCGGGAUUUCACGCCGCACUCGGUGGAACGCGGCGUGUUCUGGGUGGAGCACGUGGCCCGCCACGGAGGGGCAGCCCACCUGAGACCAUCGACGGCCGACGCAACCGUCUUCGAGUACUUUUGUCUCGAUAUUCUCUCCGUCAUCCUGGCUGUCGGCCUCGUCCUUGCUGUCGUCGGCAUUUCAGUCCUCAGGCGUUUAGUUUCAGCUGUAGCGCAACCCUCCAGCACGAAAAUUAAAAAGUCCUAAGACCUA